AUGUUCGGAUCCCAUUAUCAUCAUCAUCUCUCACCUUCUGAUUCUGAAUAUUCUUGCACUUUAGAAGCAAUCCGACGGAACCUUCUCGACGACGAAAUGAUCGACUUGCCGAUAUAUUCUCCGGCAACAAUUUCCGACAACAUCCCCAUGCACGGCCAGAGUUCAGUGUGUGACAGUCAUUACGUCAAUGAACAUGUGCCAGAAGUUUGCUCCAAUAUUGAUAACAGUGUCCCAAUGGAAGAUGCUGUAGUGGCGCGUGAGGGCAACGCACCACCCGUUGAGCAGCGCUACCGGGGUGUUAGGCGCCGGCCUUGGGGGAAGUACGCGGCGGAGAUCAGAGAUCGGGCUAAAAAUGGUGCUAGGAUUUGGCUUGGAACUUAUGAUACAGCUGAGGAUGCAGCUAUAGCUUAUGAUAGAGCCGCUUACGAGAUGCGUGGAGCUAAAGCGAAGCUUAAUUUUCCUCACCUUGUCGGGUCGAAUGUGUGGGAAUCCGUUCGAGCUAGUCGGAAGCGGGCUGAUUUUGCCAUGGCCGGCGGCGAGAAGUAUGCUUCAAAGCUUAAACGGAUCAGGAAAAGUGAGGCGUGAGGGGUGAGAGAAACUAAUUAAUAAUGUAAAUGUUGUAUUCUGGUUAUUGCAUUCUUUUGUUCAUUAUAUUGAUGAGCUCUUGGCCUGUCGGAGAAGUGUAAACAUCAAUUUGUUU